AUGUCGGAAUCAUAUUUAUCCGUAGAGUUAACUAUAUUGUUUAAAAUACCUCCAUUGAUCACCGAUGUAUUGAAAAUAGUUGAAGGAACCGUAAAUCUCUACCAAAUUGCCGAACACAAUAAACGUGUUUGUGGUGUACUGUUGGAUCGUAUGAUUGCGGCAGAAGCUGCUGUGAAGAAUCUCAAAAUAUGUAAAAAUGAAUAUCGUGAAUUCUUUAAAAAUUUUAAUAAUUUUAGAACUUUUCAAAAGUUUAAAAAUACGAUUGAAAGAACCAAACGAUUUAUUUUGGAAGUUUCACAAAUGAAGGGUCUAAGGAAAUUUACGACUGGCGUAUCACAAAUUAAUCAGAUCAAAAGAAAGUUUAAAGAAUUGACGUUAGAAUUUGAUGGGCGUAUGGCACAAUUGCAUUUUACUAUCACUAUUGAUGCCAGGUCACAACAGCAAAAAGAUCAUGAAGUAAUUGAACAAGGCAUAGAGGAUUUAAAGAAUGCAUCAAGAGAAGAAAAUAAUGAAGGAAAAGUGCAAAAACGCAGAAGAAAAUCAGAUAAUAAAGAUGUGGCAUUCAAAGUGAUGGCCUUGGCGGAGGAGCCGGAAUCAAAUAUCCAAGUAACGAUUCUAAAGAAACUAUGCGAAUCCCCAAAUAUCAUCCAAUUCUAUGGCUUGGCAAAUGAAGGUACUAAAAAGUAUUUAGUCACUGAAUGGGUGCAAUAUGGAAAUCUUCGAGAAUUCUAUACGCAACACCCUAAUUUGUUUGAUUGGAAAAGAAAGAUUGAAUUUGCCCUGGAUAUUUGUCGUGGAUUAUCUUAUCUUCAAGCAGUCGACAUUAUUCAUCAUAACAUCCGAAGUGAAAAUAUUUUCAUUUGCGAUGGUUUUAAAGCGAAAAUAGGAAAUUUUCUUCCAAGAGGGUUUAGUGAUGCUGCAAUAAUUAUGACUGAUAAUAUACGUCAAAAACAUUAUUACGAUUCUAAAUCUGCAGAAGCAAAAAUACCUCAUGAAGUUAUUCCUUAUGAUAUUGUCGAAAUAUGUCAGGCUGUCCACGACGAACCCAUCAUGCGAGCUUCAAUAACUGAUCUCUUUAAAACGCUUUAUCCUAUUUGGUUAAAAACACAGACAUCUCCGUCACCUAAGAUAAGGCGUGCUAAUGUAGAAAGCCAUCAAACUCAACAAGAUGACGACCAUCAAGACGAAGAUGAACCCAAAUUUCCAGAAGAAUUAGUAAUUGUAACCCCUAAAAUUCCAUUAUCUGAUGCUAUCAAAGAACACAGAAAGAAAAACAAACAGCUUGCAUGGACAACAUUUAAUGAAUAUAAGGCCAUUGGAGACCCCCUUGGAAAAUAUUGGGUCGGAUACUACCUUUACUACAACAUUCUUGAAUGGUCCGAAGCAGAAACAUCUAAAGAACAGCGAUUACGUGAGGCAGCAAACUUAUUCAAACAGGCAGCAAAUGACUGUGAAAUCCCGGAAGCUGAACUUCGAUAUGGUUAUUGUCUAUGGAAUGGAGAUGGCGUUGAAAAAGAUGUUUCACAUGCAUUGAAUUAUUUCAUUCGGUCGGCUGAUCAUGGGAAUGUCAUUGCGUUGGGAAUUCAUACUAUAAUGGAUUAG